AUGUUCCUUCCCACUAGCUUGUUGACCAGCACUCACUCCUCUCUAUUAAUGUUCUAUCCAAUUACCUCAUUGACUGUUGCUCACUCCUCUUCAUUUAUGUUCCUUCCCACUAGCUUGUUGACCAGUACUCACUCCUCUCUAUUAAUGUUCUAUCCAAUUACCUCAUUGACUGUUGCUUCUUCAUUUAUGUUCCUUUCCACUAGCUUGUUGACCAGUACUCCUCCUCUAUUAAUGUUCUAUCCAAUUACCUCAUUGACUGUUGCUCACUCCUCUUCAUUUAUGUUCCUUUCCACUAGCUUGUUGACCAGUACUCACUCCUCUCUAUUAAUGUUCUAUCCAAUUACCUCAUUGACUGUUGCUCACUCCUCUUCAUUUAUGUUCCUUCCCACUAGCUUGUUGACCAGUACUCACUCCUCUCUAUUAAUGUUCUAUCCAAUUACCUCAUUGACUGUUGCUCACUCCUCUUCAUUUAUGUUCCUUUCCACUAGCUUGUUGACCAGUACUACUCCUCUAUUAAUGUUCUAUCCAAUUACCUCAUUGACUGUUGCUCACUCCUCUUCAUUUAUGUUCCUUCCCACUAGCUUGUUGACCAGUACUCACUCCUCUCUAUUAAUGUUCUAUCCAAUUACCUCAUUGACUGUUGCUCCUCCUCUUCAUUUAUGUUCCUUCCCACUAGCUUGUUGA